UGUUUCGAGGUGUUUGGGCUAAACUGUCCGACACGUUGCAGAACCAGCAGACCUCUGAUUGAAGCUACCUGAUCGACUGCAGGAGGCUCUGGAGGAUCCUCUGGAUCUGGAUCAGUCCCGCUUUUACCCGUCUGACUCGACUGAACCGCUGCGAUGAAUCACAGCAAGGUUGAAUUUGAGCCUUUUGAAUAUUCCUACUAUGAUUAUUCAGACUGGUACAACGCAGAGCCGACAAAACCACCCAAAGAAGUUAUUUUACCAUGUGGCCCGACCGCAGAUGACAGACUCUUCCACAUAUGUAUGCUAUCAAUAUCUCUGGUGAUCAUGUUAAUCCUGGCGGUUCUCACCAGGAAGAACAAGUUCUGUCAGGGAUUCACGCGAGGAUCCUCCAGCAUCUUCAGUCCAGCCAACUUUCUGGACCAGACUCAGAAAAAAGGGCUGGUCAUGGCGGUUUUUGGACUUGUGUUCAGUAAGCUGGUGAUGCUGGUGAUCAGUCCAGACCCUCUGCCUUUCUGCAAACACACUCCGGCUGAGAUUAAAGAGUACAUGAAGAUUAUUGCUAUUUUCUACUAUCCGCUGCUGUACUACCCUCUGUUGGUUUGUGGGACUCUGCAGCACAAAGCCGGUUACGUGUUCGGGACGAUUCUCUCCUUCAGUCACUUUGGGGUUCUUGUUUGGCAGAAGUUCGACUGUCCAAAGACUCCAGAGCUCUAUAAGUUCUAUGCUCUGCUCGCCAGCCUGCCUCAGCUGUGCUGCCUCGCUUAUCUCUGCGUCCAGUUUCCUUUACUGUUCGUUAAAGGACCAACGAAUGACGAGGACCUGGACAGCAGCUACUACACCAACUAUGUGAAGUCACUUCUCAAGAAGAAGUCAUCAGCUGCCAGUUCUUCAGCUACAGACAAGCCGACGCUGCUUCAGAGAAUAUUGGAGGUGCCUAAGAGUUAUAUUUAUUUACCUGAGAAAGUGUUCCGUUUUCCUCUAAAGCUGGCAGUGUCAGUGUUUGUCACCUGUGUGGCCAUUUAUCAUACGGCCCUGUUACUAGUCGUCCUGGUGGUUCCUACCCUCCACAUAGUUCGAGCUGGUAUCGAUGAGAACAUCGCCUUCCUCUUGCUGGGCUUUGGAAUCGUCCUAUCAGACGACAGGAUGGAGGUCGUCAGAAUCGUCACUUUCUACACUUGGUUGCUGGAAGUGUGCUACCUGUGUGCCAUGACUCUGUCCUGUCUGGUCAGUCUGAUUAUGCUCAUGAGGUCCAUGGUUCUCCACAGAUCCAACCUGAAAGGACUGUACAAAGGGGAUAUUUACAAUGUUUAUAACAGCCAGAAGACGAUCCGUCCAUCCAGAGCUGGAGUUGUCUGUUGGAUGGGCCUGACUGGCUAUCAGGCUGCAAUCGUCUGCCUCGGAAUGGCGAUUCAGACCGUCAUGUUUUUCAUCUGCUUCUUGUUUCUGGUGUUUCUCAUCAUCGUGCCCAUUUUUUACGGCCGGAACUUUAUUGUCUUUGAACUUGCAGGACAGGCCUGGCCGGCUUGGGUCACUCUGAUUCUGGUCACAGCCCUGCAGCACAUCGCUGCUAAGUUUGCCUUCAUCAAGAAGGAAGCUGGUACCAGAGACUUAAACAACAGAGAGUCUCUGUUCCUCCUGACCUAUCUGCUGUUCCUGAUCAACACUGUGGUCGGGCUGAUUGUUGCGAUCUGGAGGAUGGUGAUAACAGCUUUGUUCAACAUCGUCCAUCUGGGUCGAAUCGACAUCAGUCUGCUGCACCGAACUGCAGAGUCCUACGAUCCAGCCUACAAAUACUACACCCACUUCCUGAAGGUGGAGGUCAGUCAGUCCCACCCGGUGAUGAAGGCUUUCUGUGGGCUGCUGCUGGACAUGAUGGUGGAAGGUGGACGAGCUGGACAGAAAAUACGAGACGCAGAAGAAGCCUGCUCCUCCUUCAUGCUUUCAGGGAUUCAGGAGAACAGGCCCAGCAAGACGACCAGCAGCCGGAGGAUUCGCUGUCGCUGGCAGCUGCUCUACACUCUGGUCAACAACCCGUCACUGCUGGGCUCCAGGAAGCAUUUCCAGACACUGCAGAGCUCCGAGAGCGUCCUGAACGGAACCCCCAACCGAAGCUCCAAGAAAGGCAGCAAAAAGGAUGCCGACAAGGUGGCAGCAGAACCGCAUCAGUCCACCGAGACCCCAGCAAGCCCGGAAAAAACUGAGUGAGAUCCAGUGUGAUCUUGGUUGGAGUGUUGUUGGCCCCUGAAUAAUCUAAAAUGUCAGUUAGGGUUUAUCCAAAGAAGCUUUAAUGAAGGGCAUAUCAGAUACAGUCAGGAGCAACAGUUUACAUACACUUAUAAAGUCCAUGUAUGUCAUGGCGGUCUUGAGUUUCCAAUAACUUCCAUAACUUUGACUAAGUUAUAGAAGUUAUUGGGUUCCUGUAUGGAUUUGUUAAAGGUCUUCUGGAAAAAUUACAAAAUCUGCUGGUUCAAAACUAUAUGUGCAGAAAUGCUAAUAUUUGGUUCAAUGUCCUUUGGCCAUUUUCACCUCAACUGAGCACUUAUGGUGGCCAUCUACAAGCUUCUGGUUGUAUAUUUGAACACUUCUAUUGGCAGAAGUGAUGCAGUUCAGCUAAAUUAGUUGGCUUUCUGACACAGACUUGUUGCUUCAUCACAGUCCACAGAUAAUUGAUGGAGUUUAAGUCAGGACUUACUCUGACAUUCCUAUACCAAUUUUGAUGUGUGUUUGGGGUCAUCAUCUUGUGGGAACAUCCAACUCUGUCCAAGAUCCAACUUUCUGAAUGAUCUUUAUAGAUUUUCCUGAAGAAUGUGGAGGUAAUCCUCCUUCUUCUUUAUUCCAUUUACUUGUGUAAAGCAUCAGCUCCACUGUCACCAAAACAGCCCCAGAGCAUUAUACUGCCACCACCAUGCUUGAUGGUAGGUUUGGUGUUCUUGGGGUUAAAGGCCUCACCUUCUCUUCUCCAAACAUAAUAUUUUGGGUUAUUGUGGCCAAAAAGCAAAAUUUUUGUUAAAUCUGACCACAGGACUUUCUCCAGAAGCUCUUUUUCUUUGUCCAUGUGAUCAGCAGCAAACUUCAGUAGAGCUUUAAGGUGCUGUUUUUGGAGGAAGGACUUCCUUUUUCAUUGAGCGUCUCAGCUCAUGUUGAUGUAAGACACUGUGGAUACUGACAGCUGUGUUCCAGCAGCUUCUAAUUCAUUCCAGGGCUGCUUUUUGGUGAUUCUUGGUCUGACCAUCCUGACCAAUGGUCUCUCAGCAGCAGGUGAUAGUUUGUGUUUUCUUUUUGUUUGCAAAGAUGAAUUUGGGAUCUGCCGCUGCUUUGAAAUGGCUGCAAGUGACUUUCUUCACUUGUUCAAGUCAAUGAUGUGCUUUUUCAGAUCUUUGCUGAACUACUCAGACUUUCCCACUAUGGUGUUUGUAGUGGACUGGAUCAAAUGAGUUUUAUUUAAAGAAGAGUCAGCAGCUGUAGUCAAUUGUAAUCAGUCACAAGGCGUUAAGAGGUACGCCACUAAGAAAAUUUGAUUACCACAGCUUUCUACAUCACCAAAACCAAUAAUUUAAGUUCCCGUAUGUAUGUAUUUGACGCAGCAGUUAAAAAAUUUCCAGAAGGCCCAUAAUAAAUCUUUCAACGACUAAAAAUUCAUAAUUGUUUAUUGUGACAAAGAUGCAUGUGUUUCAAUGUGUUCAUCAUAGAAAAUGAAGAAUUAUAGGAGCCACUGGAAACUCAAGACUGCUAUGAUAUACACAAUCUUUACCAGUGCUUUUUUACUACUGUACAUGGUGAUGAAGAAGCUUACUUUUUUAGGCUUUAACUGUGCUCUGAAUGUGAUUUAUUGCCUUCUGAUAGGUGCAUGAACAUUUAAAGUAAAGACAUCGAUUUUUAUCUGCCA